CAAAUACAAGCAGUAGUUUUGGACGAUUAGAUUGAGAGAAAACUAAUCCAAAACCCUUUUCGACGGAACAAUCUCACAUAAACCUUUAGGGCCUCAAAAUCCCAAUUAGGUGUUUCUUCAACCCUUUUUCAAGGCUUUGGCCAUGGCUGAGAAGAACAUUCACGUGCAGGCUUUGGAGAAGGGAGACCAGAAAAAAGGUGAGAGAAGCAACGAUGAAGCAUCUUCUGAAAAAAUCUCAACAGAAGGUCACCCAGUUGAGGUUUCACCAAAGGAAGCUACUUGUGAACAAAGUCAUUCUGUUGACGUAAAUCUCGACAAGGAGAGUAUGAUCAAUUCGAAACCUCCUCAAGUGACUGAAGCAGCUCAAGAACCAAAACCUUCUCAAGCACUUGAAGGAACUCAAGAGACAAAACCUUCUAUAGUGAUUGAAGCAGCUCAAAAACCAGAACCUUCUCAAGUGAUUGAGGCCUCUCAAGAACCAGAACCUUCUCAAAUAAUUGAAGCAGCUCAGGAACCAAAGCAAGAAGAAAAGGGCCUAGGCGGUUUCGAUUUGAAUCAAGAAGGAACUUGUGUUGGAUCUGCUUCAACACCAGCAGCAGGGGCUGGUUUACCUGUAGCCAAACUGCUGUUUGAUCUGAAUGUGGUAGAUGGAGAGGGUUUGGAAAACCAAAAUUUGCCGCCAUCUGAUCUCCAUGAAUCUCGAAGGGAAGUGAAUUAUGGGAGGCUGAAUUUGGACUUAAACCAUUGGAAUGAUGAAGAUGAUGCUCUAGCAUGGGAUUUAAACCAUUGCAUCCCAUCUCCUCCUGCCUCACCAUCACCAUCCUCGUCAUCGUCAUCAGUGCCACAGCCUUCUAUGGAGGAACACUUUGAUAAGAAUGGCACGGAGGAGCUACAUAUUCAUAAUGAUUCUCUACUUCAGGGGGGCGCACCUGAUGUUUUAGUUUUUCGUAUCAUGGGAGCCAACGUGGUGAUUAGUCCUGAAAGAAACAAAGGUGGUGUUCCAACAACUCUACCUCCGCCGAGCAAUGGCGAGGCUCCUAUUCUGUUUGGGCGCAGGCUUGGUGGAACGGCUGCAGGGGCCACUUGCUCUCCAACGGCUGUUGAUGAGCCUCAGCUGUUGCCCCUUUUUUGUUCAAGUUCUACUAGUGGCUUGAAAAGGAAGGAACCAGAAGGUGGCUUAGAACCAUACAUGGCCGCGAAAAAGGUGGCCAAUUCUGGUUCUUCUACAGUUGGUGGGAAAAGGAAGGAACCAGAAGGUGGCCAGGAACCAUACGUAGCUGGGACAAACAGGGCCUGUUCUUUGUGAUGCAUUGCUGUUACUAUCAUCUGAGGCUCUAGGUGGUGGUUUUGUUUGGCACGUCAUAACAUUUCUGUGUCGUGUAAUUUUUGCAGGUGGUCUCAGCUUGAUUGAUCAUAUUAUACAUACAGAAGCAAGGUCAGUUUUAGUAUUGAAUCUAUAUUCAAAACUAGACGAGAAAAUUGUAGAAGCUUAUGGUUGACUAGACAUUUAAACAAUGAUCUUUCUCCAAUUUUAGCUAUUUAGUCAAUCA